UUCACAGAUCAUGAGCUUAAGAGACAGUCUGGAAAACUCCAAGGAGGACAAGCAUCUCAAAUUUGACAUUGCUGAUGAACCGAGAAAGUCAAUUGAAAAGAUGAAAGAAGACGACCUACAGAAGUUGGAUUCACCAGGUAGGUCUGAAAAACAAAGAAAAUCUAGUGAAAAUAUAGGUGAGCUCAAACUUGGAAAGUUUAAUAGUGGAAAAGCUAGAAAGAAAGUUGAAGAAAAUAAGAAACCAAUGCCUGUUACAAGGCAAGUAAAGAAUUUAAAAUCAAACAAGAGGAAUUUCACAAAUGCUUUUAAGCCAGUUGUAAUGCGUGAUGCCGAAACUAUGACUGAUCUCUUACGAAUUUUUGAAAGUCCUUCAAAAUCUGUGGUUUCGAUGUUUAAAUCGACCCCGUUUCACUUACAAGAGAUUGAGGUUAUGACUGAUUUGACGGGUGAAGAAGUGGCUGAUGAAGUCGGGUUAAAAGACAUGGAAACAACUACUGAAGAUCUGGCCGUAAAUGUUCUAGAGAUGACUAACGAUUUGGAUUACAUGAAUCUGAAACUUUUGGAGGAUGAAAAGGAGAGGAAAAAAUCAGUAGCGGGUGUGGGUGGUGAGUUAGAUCAGAAUAUCCCGGAAGAGUCUGACGGAGUUUAUGGGAAUCUUAUGGAAAGAAUGUAUGUUUGUCGGGGAAUCACUCCUGUUGAAACUAUUAAGCGUGAUGAAGUUGGAAAACAAGUUCAAGAUAAGAAGAAAGUCUCGGAGGUGAAGUUGGAGGAAGUUAAAGAGGAGGAAGUGGUGGGGAGUAAGUUGGAGAAACAGGAGAGUUUGAGAAGCGCGGAUACAAUGUAUUCAACUCUGGAAGAUGAAGAAGGCAGCACUGAUAAUUUAUCGCAGUUGAGGGAUUCGUCAAUGAGGAGUACAAUGAGGGACAGUGUGGAUGCCUCAGAAAAUAUUGAGGAGGAGGUGAACUAUGAAGGGGAUGGUAAUGAGGAGGAGAAGAGUCUUAUGGAGAUCACUGAGGAGAAAAGUGUCAUGGCAAUCACUGAGGAGAAAAGUGUUAUGGGAUUCAUUGAGGAACAACAAGAACCACUCUCAAUCGAGGAUGGGGUAGUUGAAGAUGUGGAGGAAGUAGUAAUCAAAGAGGAGGAGGAGGAGACAGAUAUCGAUGAAAUACAGGAAGGCCUCAUGUAUACAGAGCUGAAUGAAGCUUAUCAUUUCAGGGAACUGUUUGAUGUAGAUGAGUCAGAGGUUUAUGUGGAGGAGAAUAUUAAUUUUGGAAGUGAGGAGGAUAUCUAUAGAGAGGACGUGAGAGGAAGCAACGAGGGAUGGUUUCAUAUCAAGGGUGGGGAAGAGAGGGAACCUGAAGAGUCUGCCACUGAGAUUUUAGUGAGAAGAGCAACCAUGACCGAAGAUACAGGUCCCGCUGUUGAGGGUGAUAGCGAAAUGGAUUUAUAUCGUAGUACCCUUCUAGCUGAAGUUGUAGUGGAUGAAGAGUAUCAAAACAUCACUGAAAAACUAUUCACUGAGGAGGAAGUUGAAGAGUUUCAAGAUAAUGUCGAAGUGUAUGAAGACACUGUAGAAAUUGAUAAAUAUGUAGGGGUGUAUAUUGAUGAUCACAUGGACUUUUACACAGAGAUUGAACUGAACUACCCAAGAUAUGAUGAUGAAUGGGAAAUUCCUAAGGUGAUCGAAGCACUUCGUGAGGAUCAGAGUAUUGGCAAAGUGUUGAAUGACUUUGGUUUGCUUGAAGAUCUUGAAGAAGAAACCCUCCAGAUACAUUUCCGUCCUACUUUUGAAAGUGAUACCAUAGGAAGGCUAGAUUCUUCCACAGUUAGUUUUCUUGAAGAAGCUACAAAAUAUGCGGAACAAAUCACACAUCUGUCUGAACUAGAUGCUGCUACAGCGAAAGUUAGCUCGCAGUUUAGAGUGAGUAUGAUUUAUAAUGAGGAACCCGGCUCUCAUAUUGAUGAGAAAGAGAUUCAAUCCUUACUGAAAAAAGAGGAGAGCUCAGCUAACAUGGAGAACUGGCUCCGGAGGCAAUCUCUUCGCACUGAGAUACUCGACGUCGAUCAAUCGCCCUACAUUGUCAGAUCAGAAAUGGAGUAUGACAGAGAUCUAGAUCUGCAUACUAGAGAGUUUGAGAACUCGGUUGUCGAUGACUUGAAGUUUGGAGUACGCUCUUCCGAGGAAAUUGAAAAGAAGGAAGUGGAAGAUGAUUCGUCAUCUGAAAUGACUGCUAGUUUGGGUUCUAGUGCGGGUAGCAACAUGGAGAUUCUUAGUAAUAACGAGUUCUACCCUAGAAUCUUGGAUGAAGCUAAAAAUUCGUCGGCCCAUUCCAGCACUUUAUCUCUCUUGAAGAAGUUCCAAACUGGUGGGAGGAAACCAAAUAAAGAUGAAAGCGUCUCAAUGAUUUUGUAUAAUGAGGGUGACAAAGACUACUAUGAUGAUGAUGAUGAAGACGAUGAUGAUAGUUCAAUCUCAGAAUCGAAUCAAGAUUCGGUUGAUGUUAUUCUUGAAUUGAUAAGGUCUGACCCAUACGGCAGUUACAUAACACACAAGAUGCUGAAUAUGUUGGAGUAUUUCAAGAAAGUUGAGUUCCAAAACGAAGUCCCCCACAAGUUGAAAGCACUGGAAGCAUUGCUAGUGAAAAAAGCUGCAAGGAAAAAGUUCACUGAAACUUUACAAUUAAAAUCAGCUAAACAUUCGGAAUCGAACAUCGAUAACUACUCAUGUAAACCUGAAAUAUUCAAUGAUUCAGUUUCAGUGUUGGUGUGGAAUAUUUUCAACUGUUUUUUCCUCCCCAUCAGUUCCAAAAUAUCACACCGUAUGAGCUCCUCUCAAACCUCUAAAAGUAGAAAACAAGUAAUCCCUAAAUUGCAAACUGUAAUGGAUGGAACACCAAAGAAAGAAGAGGCUAAACUAACCACAGCCGAAACUGGUUUGAAAAUUAGUGGGAAGGUUAAGAAACCUCUAGCUGGUAGUACUUGGACUAACGUGAUUAAACCACCUGUUAAUGAUGAUGAACUGAACUCUAUUGCAAUACAAACUGGAAGUCCACAAGAAGAUGUUGAAAACAUUGAUGAAAUCGAGAAAAAUGAUGAGUUUGUGAUUGUAAGGAGGUACAAAACUAUGGAAACUCAGACUGAUGUAUCGUUUGUGACAAAAAUCAAAGAGGAGGAAGCUUUGAUUGAGAAAACAUUCGCUGUGCACCACCACACCGCUGCACAAACUGACGAAUUCAGUCCCGAAUUCUUGGAUGAGUCAUUCGAGUCUCGAGAUGGAACUCUUGAUGAGGCUGAGGAGGACGAAUUUUACUGGAAAAAUGUCGAGAAUAUUUUCACAGACGAUUUACUCGUCCAAGAGCAACUAGCCAAGAUAUCUAGUAAAAAGGGCAGGUCGCCCCUAGAGAUUCUCAUAACUGUUGGGAAGGAUGGCAGAAAACUGUUUGCGCCCCUCAGGUCGGAUAAAAGUUUGGAGGAAGCCAUGGAUCCUAGGUUGGAACAGUUUUUAGCGGUGUUGAACGAAACAUCAGUUGCUAAUUUGUUUGAAGAUCUGCUACACCAGCCUUUGAAAUCGGAGAUAUCUAGAGGAGGUAGGUUAUCCGGGGAUAUCUAUCUACAACCUGGCAAGAAGGAAAGUCUGCCCAAUCAAGAUGUGGACAAUAUUGCAGAAAAACCUAGGAGAGUUGAUAGUAAGGGUGCAGGGUCUGUGCUACAAAAAGCUGACAUAAAACAAAGUUCUAGUGAUAUAUUCGGACAAACUUCAACUGAAAAACUUGUAACAGAUCAUGAAUCGAUUUCUGAUUGUGAGGAGAAGGAGAGACAGGACUUGGAAGAGGUGAUAAAGACGGGGAUACAGUUUCUGGAAGCUUCAGAUCUCGAUGAGGAACCAGUAAAAAGACACUCUACCUCGAGUGAUGAGUUACCGAUACUACCAUCUUCAGAAGCGGUUUGCCACAGCAGCCUUGGUAGUUUGCGACGGUUUUACACGUUGAAGUUUCUGGAUAGCCUGGACAAUACGUCCAACUUUUCAAGUGUGAUCACAGUGUCCGAAGUGAAUGACAAUGAAAUUGAAUUUAUGUCUGAUAGUGGAAUGGGCCAGCCGAGACAAGGAGAGCGGACUAUUCUGAAAGGUGGGUUGCAAGAGCAGAAGAAAUCGGUUACAGUAUUCAGGGAAAUUCAGUUGAAGGACAUUCCACCGGUUUACGACACCGAUAAAGAUUUCCAGCAAAAGGCUGAGGUGAAACCCAUGAGGAAGUACAUAUCUUUCAGACAAAAACCUCGGAGACCGAAACCUCUUCUUGUGAAAAACUGGUUGGUGAAAAACGAUCAGGAUGAGUGGAUCAUGGUGAAACAGUAUCAUCUAUUCAAAAAGAUACAUAACUACCCUGAUACGUAUGGAUCUAUCGAUCGAAUUUCAAAAGAUGAGGAAGUUGACAGGCAAGAAAAUGUAACUAUCGGCGGUAAUCCUAUUCGUGGUGUUUUGUUUUCAUACUUUUUCCCCAAAAGUGUGUUCAAAUAUGGAAUAAGUAGAACCGAUAGAGGGAAUAUCGAGUACUUGAGACGCAGUGAUGUAGCUUGGAGUAGGAUAGCGCAGAAAAACCCUGAACGUGACCCCUAUCACAGAAACAACGCUUUGCCACUAGGUUUCACAAAGAACUACUUGAAAAUUGAGAAACACUCGUCAUUAUUACGAUCGCCUGAACACUCGUCCUCAAUAAGUUCACCCAGGAAUGAAUCUAUGGAUUCCAGUUAUGAAUUCGUACAAAUGUUGAAGAUGGAGGGGGAAAAGGUGUCACCAGUUGCAUCCCCGAUCACCAAACCUGAUUUACCACCACCAAUCACUGUUUAUGAGGCGGAAAAGGUAAUGGUUGAAAGGAAAGUAGAUGAAGAAAUUGUUUUGAAAAAUAGAAAUUAUCAGAAGUUUAAAACAGAUGAGCUGCAAAACAUACUAUUAGAACUGGUAAUUGAUAAUUUUGUGAACUAUGACAUUGAUAUCUUUGAAAAAACACUACCUCUACAAGAAAGUGAUGAAGACGUUGAGGGAAAAUCGAAAACUGGUGAAAAUGAAGAAUGCUUUCGACAAAAGUGCAAAUCAAGUACUGAAACAAAUCUGAUGAGAGCUAGUUUAACCUCACUCACUGACGAUGCCAUCAACGAUCUGUCUUUCACUGAAAGUGAACUGCAAGUGAUUUGCUCGCAGACCUUGAAAUCUAAAAGAAUACUUGAACAAGCCGAUGUAAAAUCUUAUCAGUCUGCGGAAGAUAUCGUACUAUCUAAAAGAGAUUUGAAAGAGUUUGUCAAUUUAUUGUCAGGACCCAAGAUAGUGGAAAAUAAAGAUCUAAAUUCAUUUGAAAGUGAUGCUAUUCAUUUCUCUUUAGAAAAUGUUGGUUGUUUGAAUAUGAUAUUUUCAUCUGUUGAACUAGUCGAAGGAGGGAAACACAUUGUGCGAGUUGCAAACCUCAAUCAAAACCAAGUGUUGAAAUUUGUGAAAUCUAUAUUGAGAGAAAUUUAUCUACAUAUUUUGUCAUUGAGUGAAAAGUUCAAUACCGCUACAUGUGUAGAUGGUAACAGCAAAGACUUGCUUGAAGUUGGAAGUGUUCAUAGAAUUGAAACUCUCAGUAGUGGUAUGUUGUAUUUGAAUGAAAUUGUUAAUAAGAUUUCCCUCCAAGAAUUUUCCUCUAAAGAUGAUGAAGAUUUAGAGAGUAAAAAUACAUAUGUAAUCCUUGUAUCACCCAAGGAUUUGGAAAUAAUCAGGGAGAAAUUUGUUGAACGAUCUCUACCACUGGUUAAGCUUUUGGGGAGGAAAGAUUUGUGCAAUAAAUUUCCUUUAGUUUUUACAAAGUCUGAAACUAGCUUACUCAACAUGAUCUAUUUGAAUGAGAAUAUUGGUAAAGUAAGUGAUAAUUUGAUUGAGGAAGAGGUGACCUAUAAAGAUUCUCUGAUCGAUUUGAUACACAGUGUUCAAAAAAGUCUGUCGAAUAAGUUCAGUGAUUCGUCAGUGGUGGAUAUCAGGAUGGCAUUGACUCGAUUCGAGAACGAUUGGAUGAUGAGUAGAAAGUGUAAUGACCAGAAUCCAGAGAAGUGCGCGAUUUCAAACUGGGUGGAAAAAUUGUGUUCCAGUAAACAUUAUUCACAGCCAGACAGAGAGGGUCUAAAAGAAGUAUUGAGGAAAAUUACUAGCAGCAUGGAUCAUCUAGAUAAACUGGAGGAGUAUUUGGAGUCGAAAAAAUACGCCGAGAGAAGAAUCAUCGGUCAAGAUUUGGACGAAAUGGAGUCGGAGGUGGAGGUCUUCGAAGAUGAUGAAAAAACUAGGAAAGCUGUGAAGGUUUUGAAGAACAUCUUGAUCAAUCGUAUUUUGAGUGCUCAUGAUUUACUUUUGCCUACUGGGGUUGAACCUGUUGUUUCGGAAAUUAGUUUUUUGGGUGAAGACAGCGAAAGUUUUGUUGGUUCAAUUGAUUACUCAGAUAGUAAAAGUGGUGAAAUUAGAGAGAGAACCUUGGGGGAUGCAUCAAGUUUUGAUAAUACUGUUGUGAAGAGAGAGACACGUACCUCCUCUCUCUUGAACUCCUCUGAAUGUACUAGCGGUGAGAUCUUUUCCUUAGUUUCGCCCUCGAAGUUUCCGUAUCUGAAAGCACCUCAGUUGCCUUACAUGAGGAAAAUCAGCGACAAAACACGGAUUCUAAAGUUUUUGAGCCAAGAAUGUGAUUAUGAAGCGUUGAAACGGUUGAAGAGCGUCAAACAAAAAAAGAAAACGUCAUCAGUUGUUGAAAAAUGUGUGGGGAAAGUGGAUUUCAAGUUGAUACACUACAGACGGUCCAAGUUCAAAAGGAAGUUGACACUUAUCCGUGAUCGGAAAAUGAUGUACAACACGUAUUUCUCGUACGGUAUCGGUAGCAAACCCGACAAGAGUCUCCCAAUUCUGGGUAAAAAACUAGGGGAUGUUCCACAAGGGGAUGAUUUUUGCAAAGAUGAUGGUAGGUUGAGUAAUUGUGAAACAUGUUUUGAGACUGAACAAAGUUCCCUGUCGAGUUUAAGCAAUGAUCUGAGACAUCCUCUUUUCCCCGAAGAUAGUUUAGAUAGUGUGGAACUUGUGGAUGAUGAAAGAUACAAUGAAGACGAAUGUAAUGCAAAACUGACAAGGAUCAGGGAAGAUAUCAAAAAUGCUAAAAAGUAUACACCUUUGAAAGAAAAGGUAGCUAUGCCGAGAAUUAAUGAAGUGGAUACUAACGAUCUGUCUCUAAAUCGUAUGACAAGUAUUCUCGAUAGAAGAGUGCGACAUUUGAAGAAUAUUGUUACUGGAAACUGGUCUGAGUCUAUGACGUCACUACUAGGUAGUAGUAAAUUGGAAAGUGGAUCAAAUACCUCUUCAAAAACUCUACUGAAUCUCCCAGAAAUCACUGAACCUUGUACUAUACAAUUCGAUAGUAAAACCCCUAAAACUAGUUUCAGUAGAAAAUCUAGUUCCAGUCGUGCUUCUAGCGAAAAUUUGAAACUACCUGCAAUAACUGACCCAAAACCGAAGGAAAAAAGCAUUUCCACGAAGAAAAGCUUCAAGGAAAAGCGUUCGUCGUCUUCGGUGAAAACUGUGCCACUUUGCGUGAAACUUUCAGAAGAGUUUAGCGAACAGAAUUUGGAGAGCAAACAGGUGACUAAGAGAGACAGAGCGAAUUACCGAAUGGUUGCCAGUUUGAAGUGUGAUUAUCAAGUUAGGAGGGAUUUGAUGAAUUUACUAGAGGAGCCGAAAAAGUUGCCUUAUCUGAAGCCUCCCCCUGAAUACACACCUGUGCCUGGCUUUGGGGACCACCCACUGCUCAAGUUUAAGCUGGCAGAGAGUCAUGUGGCUCAAGUUCACAGUUUCAGAAUGGAGAAGGCAUUGAAGAAAGCCCAGUUCUAUAAAUUCUCAAGUGAGGGAGAAACUGAAACUAAUGAAGAAGUGCAAUUUAUGGAUCCCACCAAGUGUAUUACGCAGCCUCCAUGGUUUCCUGUCAGUGUUGUCCCAAGAAUUAUGCAAAAACAAGUACAAUCCCAAUGCGAAAGAUAUAAAGAAACAGUGGAAGAUUGUAUAAGGGAAGCCAAAUCCAUUUAUGACACGAUUAUGUUCAAUAAAGCAGUCUAUGAUAUCAUAAGAGUGAAAGAUAAACCUGACUUUGUACAUAAAGUGAAACUAGAUGUUGGUGGUAAAACAAAGAAUCAUGCUCAGUUUUUGGAGAGAAGAAAACGCAUAAGAGACUUACUGUUGAUUGGUCAUACAUUGCUGAAGCGGACCUACGAUUCAUUAUUGGAAAAUAUUCCACACACAUUUGUAGACUUCACAAGAUAUAGGGCAGAAAAAGAGUACUGGAAUCUUCAAGAACUCACUGAAAGAAUGCUUGAUGAUUUAAAAAAAGGCUGCGAACAUUUUUGUACCGUCUGGUACGUCAGUCUUGAUGAGAAUUUCAGAAAACCAGAAGUUCUGAAAGAAAUGACAUGCGACAAAAUUAAACGGUUCAUGAGACUAUUAUCUCUCAUUUUGUCAUAUGAGAUUUCAACGGCGGUGGAGAGGACAUUGACGAAUUUCACAGAAGUUUUUUGUGAUAAGAUGAAAAUUCCGCGACUCAUGUUCAAAACUACUCUUGAAGCAACUGAAUUCGAUAAAGUGGAUCUCCAUUUUUGUAUUACUCCUGAACUCAAACAUAUUUAUAAAGCUGUAUUCAAAUGUAUGGAUAGUAUAUUCGAUAUCGGCCAAGACCUUCCGAUGCUCUUUAUGCCGGAGUGUAAGCCGAUCAAACGAUAUCACAAAACAAAAAUAAAGUUCAUCCUCACCAAUACACUGGAUCUGGCCGAAAUACCCGUCAAUUUACCAGUACAGCAGAAUCACAGGCUCUAUGCAGAGUGUCAUAAAGCGCUACACGAAAGCCUUGAGGAUAAUUUCAAAACUCUCAGGACUUAUAUACAAACUUUGGAGCACAGUUUUGCAUUCUUGACCUAUUCUCAGUAUGCAACAUCAACUUCAUCGUUCUUGAAUAAUUCCAAGACUACAAAGGAGGAUGUAAUCGAUCUACUUAAUAUUUUCAAAGAUUAUAGCGAUAAAAUCAUUAGGAUGUUGCCAUUUGCCACGUUUAGUAUGGGACUAGUGGAACAGGAAAAAACAUUCAAGUCUUUAAAAGUUUUUGUGGACGAUUACAUUGUAUCAUGUAUUCAGACUGUGAGCAGAUUUCUGAAACACGACUACUACAGGUAAUUAGUGAUUGGUGAAUGAUAUUAUUUGGUAAAGUGAUUGGGAAUUUUUCUUAGUGAUUGAUUAAAUUUUCAGAUCUUAUUGUUAUCAGAGUAGAAAUUGAGAAAUGGUAGGGCAA